GUAAACAUGUGUUAAAUAACACCUCUACAAACAAUAAUCCACCGAAACAAAGCACAAGAAGACAACAAACUAGUACAAACAAAACUCCAAACACAAUAUUCUGAGCAAUGAAUAUGAUAAGGAAAUACAUGACAAACUUGAAUAAAAAACAUGAAAAGGAUAACAGCAGCUUGCCUAAAGGCUGGUGAAUUGAACAAUAUAAAUAUUAGGGUUCAUAGAUCAAAUGAAACUCUAGAAACUUAGGCUUCCUUUAUACAAUCAAUAAAUCAAUAAAUAAUUGAAAUACAUAGUUUCAUAUCCUUUCUUCUCCAAAAAAUAAUGGUUAACUUUUCUCCUCUCGUAAUGGCGACGAAAUAGUGUUCUUCUCCGAUGACAACAAAGAAAACCUCUUAUUUCUACGGUGACGGUGGGAAAAACCUUCUUCUCUAGAGAGGAUGCAAAUAAGCAACGAAUAUUGGGGUUCCUUUGUGUAUAUCCACCGAUUCACAUUGAGAUUUUAGCAAAAACUCUAGUGGAAAUCAGUUCUCGCACGAUACCAAUGUGAUAUUACCAGGGGAAUUUUGGUAAAGUGACACCUUCCAUCAGCUGAGAGAUAGGUGUCUUUCUCUAACGGUCAAAGUUGAGUAGUCUGUGUUCUGUACACCCGCCAAUCACGUUCGGCCACGUCGAACUCAGCGUUGAAUGCGUAACGGUUGAGUUUGGAGGUCCGUCAAUCGAUUCCAUCCGGUUCAACCGGACACAAAAAAGACAAAACCCAUUCAUCUGUCUUCACGAGUUCGAACUCCCCCUCCCUCUUUUCAUUUCGAAACCCUAGCACCUCCAAGCUCAUCGGCAGCGAGGCACAAAUCAUCCGAAUAAGUGUCUGUACAUCUUCUUCCUCUCCCUCCUUUUCAUAUGCUCUAUAUACCCAGACUUGAUACAACAUAUGUUGCAUAUGAACCCCCUCCUUCACUCUAUAGUUUUCUGCUGCAGAAGAAUGGUUAAAUAAAUUAAAGUAAGAUCUGAUGAGUUGUCUUGUUGUCCUCUUUAUACUUGCCGGCUAAAGAAUCAAACAACAAGCCCGCACCGAUCCCGAUGACCAAGUCGAUCGUGUAGUGACCCCCUGGUCCCUAACAAUCUCACCGCUUGUAACGCGUUCAAGGUGUCGAACAACCAAGCCAACUCCUGUUGUUGCAUUCUUUGCAUAUCCAACGAAGUAAUCACGGAUCAGGUUACAUGACCAGAGAAGAAUAAGAAGAAUGAGACGUUUCCCACCCAAAAAUCCACCCCUGAACCCAAGAAUCCUUGUGGUAGUGGCAGCCGGGAAAUCCACCCAUGAACCCAAGAAGACGUUUCCGUCGUCUUGUUGUCUCCGUUGUUGUGGCUCCGGUGGUCGCCAAUGCUGAAGUCAUUAACGCCAUUGACAGCUUUCCUAUCUCUACUCCGAAGCACGGUGUGGGUUCGACAACAGCUUACUCCUGCAUCCAUAUCCGUUGUCCCUUUACCGGACACAGGGAAUCACCAUUGAAAUGGGAGAGAGUGAAUUAAAUCAUGUGGACUUCGUGGUGGAGAAAUCAAUUGCAGGGAUGCCAGCAGAGCUGCUCGUCUGCAACCGAGAGUUCAUAUGUUGCAUCAUAAGUAGCUCGUCUGCAACCGAGACUUCAUAUGUUGCAUCAUAAGUCACUCUUCUUCAUUGAGUUUGCAGGGAAGGAGGAGGAAGAGUAGCAGCUUACCUUUGAUCACCGUUUGAUCCUUUGCCGCCAGCGUCAGUUGGUGUUGGUUGCUGAUGAUCUAAUAACAGGGCUAGGCUCGGAAGACAUAGGGGGGUUUGAGUCGAGUUCUAACAUGAGAGGAAAGGUCAAAUCGGGUUUUGUGGCCGAUUCAACUAGCUGAACCAGUAAUAAUGGAGAAAGUCUCCGUUAAUUCACGGUUAAGACUGAUGAGAUGACGUGGUAGGUGCACAGAACGCGGACUCAAAGUCGAGGGGAUCUUUGUCGCAAAAAAAGUACAGGUUACUCUGCUCGGGCCGCUCGGCACACAGCGCUCCUCAUAUCUCAUAUCUCACAGCGUGUCCCAGCCAUACAUUCGAAACAUCUCCCGUACUUAAUUUUGAUGGGAGAUGUUCCCAAUGUACGGUAGGAUGUGGCUGUAAGCAGAUCCCUAUUCAUUCAAUUUGCUUCUCUAGUUUGCUGAGCUUUCAUUUUUCUUCGGGAGCAGGGAAACUAAAUUAGUAAAUAUAGCCCUUUCAGAUGGGUCCGGAUCCCUUCCAGAUAGUUAGAUCGCUGCUUGCCUAAUAGAAAUUGUUCCAAAAGAAAUCGGUAUGAACUGUGAAUAUUAGGAGAAAUGGCUGAAAUUAGGAAACCAAGAAGGGAAGAUGAGUCGCCUUCUCGAGAUCAAGAUCAGGGAGAAAUAUCUGGAUACGGACAAGCAGCACAUGAUCAUUAGACGAGAAAACAGGAGACAGAUCUUGUCAAGAUAAGGAACAGAAGAAGGAAGAGAAAUCCCUUGCUCAAGGUUACGAGGAGAAGGUAACAUCGAAGAAACCGCAUGACUCAUCGGACGAGGAAAUCGGAGAAGCAUUUUCUCGAGCUAAGAGAAGGAAGAGGGAAAAGAUACUGCUUCCCCGCGUUUCUGAGGAGGCUGGAACAACCAGAAACGAAGAGCCACACGAUUCAUCGGAGACGCGUCAGAAAUUCAACCGGCUACCUGAAUAUAUGAAGAGGUGCUUUCUCUAUACCUGUUUGUUUCCAAAAGAUUACGAAUUUGAAGAGAAAACUUUGCUCCAAUUAUGGGCUGCCGUAGACUUCUUCAGUCUCCGAGACAAGAGACCCAAGGAUUUACCACCGCUCCCUACUGGCGCAACUCCGGAAGACGAAGGUAGAUUUUGUUUUCGACAAUUACUGUUUGGUUCGCUUUUUGAAAAGUCAUCUCUUGCUUAUCCAAACGGUGUGCCAAGGUACAAGGUCCACCAUACUUUCUUUUGAUCUACUGCAACAAGAGUACUGGAAAAAUGAUGAAUACGCUCGGGUGAAAGACCGUAAGCCUACCGCCCAGACUUUGAAUUCCUCGUUGUUGAUGAGCGACGGUAUUAAUCCGACCGUCUUCGAAGACUUCUACCAAUCCAAGAAUCUCUGCACACUUCUUUUAUUAAAUGAUGAGUACCGCCGGAGCCCCAUCAAGCAAGUGCCUUCUGAUCUAUUUUUAAAUCUAACUUCCUUGCUGCAUUGGAUUUGAGCAGAACAUGCAUCGUGGAGUUGCCGGAUUCUAUUGAAAAUUUGAAGAAUCUGCGUUACUUUAACGUCUCCGAGACUCCAAUUAGAAACUUACCAGAAUCGAUUUGCAGUCUCACCCAUCUACUAACACUCAAGGUCAGGAAUUGCGAGCGCCUGGUCCAUUUACCUGAUGGUACAUAUAAGCUUACCAACCUUCGUCAUCUUGAUCUAAACGGAGCUCGUCAGCUGACUUCUAUGCCUCCAGGGGUUGGUAAGUUAACUAAAUUAGAAACGCUGACCACAUUCAUCGUCGGAGUGGAGGAAGGAUUUCGAAUUCAAGAAUUGAAGGACCUAGAUGAACUUCGAGGAUCUCUCGCCCUUUCAAAUCUUGAUAAUGUUAGAGAGGAGUCUGAAGCAACGGACGCAAGAUUGAAUUUCAAGAAAUUUCUUAGAAAAGUAGAGUUUCAAUGGAGUCGGUUAGAGUCUAAAGCAGAGAAGACCCUUGAAAAACUCCUACCACCUCACCAAUUCCUUACAGAAUUGAAAAUAUUAUACUAUGGUGGUGCCAAAUUUCCUAGUUGGUUAGGGAUGUCUAAAUUCUCCAGUCUUGCAACUAUUUCCCUAACCAAUUGCAGAAAAUGCACCCAACUGCCGACACUGGGAAAGCUUCCAUGGCUAAAAUCAUUGAAGUUAGAAGAACUCCAUGCAAUAGAAGAAAUAAAUCAUGAUGUGUUCUGUGGUCAUGGCGAGUUUGAGGGGUUCCCAAAAUUGGAGUCACUAGAAAUUGAUGGCAUGCGUAGAUUGGAAAGAUGGACGGGAAUGGUAGAAGGUCAGAUGCCUCUUCUACGCAGGCUUAUCAUCAUCGACUGCCCAAGUCUCACAAUUCUUCCGGAACUCUUAUACCUCCACUCUCUCCAACAUCUGAAAAUUUCUCUUUGUUCUAAACUCUUAUCUCUCCCAGAGGAAGGGCUCCCAAAACUUGUUCAAUUGCUGAUUAUUAUGGAGUGUCCUGAACUCGAGAACCGAUGCAAGAUGGGAGGCUACAAUUGGCACAAGAUAGAACACAUCCCAAAUAUAUGGAUUGGUUACAGACGAAUUUCUGGAACAAAACCACUGGAGCAAUGCAUAGCAGAUCUCAACAGUAUAAAGCGUGUAGAGGGUUCGACACCAACAAGAAUUGAAGGGAUGUUUCUGACAACAGCAAAGGGGGUACAAAUUACGAAGGCUGAAUUCGUACAUCAUUCAGACGAUGAUGAUUAUGGAUGGAGAAAAUAUUCUGAGAAAAACAUACCUCUGUCAAAAUUUCCCAGGAGGUACUACAGGUGCAUUCAGGGAACCUCUAAAGGAUGCUCUGCAAGGAAGCAUGUUCAACAACUGGACGAUGAUCCAAACAUGUCUAGGGUAAUCUACUUUGGGCAUCAUACAUGUGUAAUGUCAUGCAGUCUAUCAUCUACGCAUACGGCCAAGUAGCAUGAAUUAGUGAGCAAGGUGCUUGAAUCAGAGGGCUCUCAGUCGGAUAUUGAACGGUGCUUGAAUCAACCCAACUGCUAGCUUAAUUAGCCUUCAUCUUCAAUUUGAAGCCGAUGACGAUCACAAAUCAGAAAAGAAUCUGAAGUACAACAACAGCAUUUCCAACAUGUGUCUUUGUAUGCUCAUGUAGUUAUCGUUCUCGCUUGUCUGAGUGGGAAAGAAACACACGUUUUAGUCCGAGAAUAUAUCAUCAUUAGCCCAAACAGGUCAUGAGCUGCCUACACAAAUCUUGACUUCCACAGCGUCGUGUUCGGUUCUUGGCUUCGGAACACAAUGGUAUGAUUCAAGAAAAUGGACCAAGUUGAUAACAUUAAAUAUGGUUUUGAAUCACGCAUUGCAAGAAAUGUUAUCAGUGUUUCGCUUUGCCCCAAGCAAUCGUACCAGGUAAGCACCGCUCACAGGGAAUAUUCUUCAGUAACCGUCCUGUGAUUUGUUGUAAUGACUUGCAUCAAGCACGAGUAGAGACGGGUAUCGUAAUGACCUGCCACAUCCUUCGUAUGAGAGUCGAGCUGUAAUUCUUUCUCUUUUCUUUUUCGUUUUUUUUUUUUUUUUGGCAGAAAGGGUGCCGUUAAUGGUUAUGGUUGUGCUUCAAAACAUGUGAUGGGCUUACUCAUGCUUGCUCCAUGGAACCAUAUUUUCUGGUUGAGAAUACAAUGCCUUGUUGAUUCUAGAACCA